ACGACAUCAUUUCGACAUUUUUACCCGGAUGUAAACGGCAAAAGUGUAUUUAAGAGCUCUCGAAAACGAUAAGGGAAGCUGGGCGAUUAAAAACAUAAAAGGAAAUUAACUUUAUCUCGUUGAAGUUGAAGGGAAACAGCGACGAGAACAUUAAUAAACGAUGAGCGAUUCCCUCCAGUAUGCCUCAGUGAUCAUCAAAGAAGAAUUCGGUGUUUGACAUGCAGUCAAAAGUCCUUUCUGCAUAUAUAUAAACAACAGCUGACAGGUGAAAAACUAAUGACGUCACUACCCUCAUGUGUUUUUAUCAUGUAGACAGAGACAGACUUCAAGAAAAAGUAAAGUGACAAGGGGCUAGACGAGGAGAUCCCUCUCACUCACACAGGUCACGAUGCCAGACGAGUCGCAAGGUUUUACGGACAAGAGCAGAACUGGAGAAGACGAAGCGCCAAAAGUGGCUUUAGUGCCAGACUUUGCGGUAAAGUCUAUCGAUGGAGAGGGGAAAAACAUCGGAGGUAACAUCAUGGAGCUGGACGACUUCAGUAAAACAAAAGACGGAUUAAGCAGUGACACUUUGAAAGGGAAUGACGGCGCGUUCAAUAAAAGCAAAUCUCCUGUUUCCGUCGAGGUCGGUGUGGCUAAAAAAGAGCAGAGCCCUGAACCUCUGGAAUCUUUGAUGAAGGGAACAACAACAACAGAUCACGCUAACCUGGUCAACUCUUCCUCUGAUAGGCAACAAGUCGUAGAAAAUAGCACAAAAUCCAACGUUGGCAAAGAGAUAUCGGAGCUCGAUGGAUUCGAAAAGACAAAUCAAACCUCUCCUGUCAAAAUCUCCGCAGACAGCGUUAAAAACAGCAACAGAAGUCCGGAUGAUGAUCGAGGCAUUUUUAAAACAGACUCUUCUUUGAGUGGCAGUUCACCAACAACGCCAUUCAAACUCCCACAAACACGGGACAGCAUCGACGUCAGGUGGGACGACGAGGACAGAGGAGAAGACAAGAAAAGCACCCGGUCGAGGCAGAGUGUGAAGGAGGGGGUGUGCUGCUGCUAUCAGGCGUUUCACAGGGCCUUCCUGCAGUGUGUGGAGGAAACUCCCGCCAUGCUGACCGGUCUGGUGCUGUCCUUGGCUUUCUGCGUGGCCCUCAUCGUCCUGAUCCCCUCCACAGGAAGG